AUGGGUGAAGAAGCUGCGUACAAGCUUUGGUCCGGUGAACUGCAAUUGAUCAACAAGAUGUUGCACGCCGACAGCCGUAAUUUUCAUGCUUGGGGCUAUAGGCGUUUCGUUGUCUCGCAAAUCGAACGCCUGUCCACAGCUUCCGCAAACCAGACUUACAGCCUAGCCGAGUCAGAAUUCGAGUACACAACCAAGCUGAUCAAGACCAACCUGUCCAACUUCUCGGCCUGGCAUAACCGCAGCCAACUCAUUCCUGAGAUCCUCAAAGAGCGCAAUGCCGAUGCGAAGGCACGCCGCAUUUUCCUUGGCAAAGAGCUGUCCCUUAUGUGCGAAGCCAUCAACACCGAUCCAUUCGACCAGUCUAUCUGGUUCUACCACCAGUAUCUGCUGUCCACCUUAUCACCAUCCUGUCCACCACACCAACUUAUUGUCCAUGACCUGACCAACGGCGAGCGCCAGAAGUACUAUGAGCAUGAAAUUGAAUAUAUCAAGGAGAUAUUGGAGGACGAGUCGGACUGCAAGUGGAUAUACGAGGGCUUGCUGAGGCUAGCGGAGGCGUAUAUAGAGGUAGACGCAGGGACAGGUUCUGUGACUACGAGGGAUAUGGGCGCCUGGCUCGAGGAGUUGAAACGUCUAGAUCCAUUGCGACGGGGGCGCUGGGAGGAUCUAGGACGGAGGCUGAAUCUGUAA